GUGUUUUCAAUGCUACAUGAAAGUGUUGGUACUAUUGCUAUUAAAGCGUUGUUUGGUGUUUAUGGUAUAAUAUGUGGCAAAUUUACGGAAGUUUUGUUUGUAAAAGAAGUGUGAUAUAGUGGUUUUAAAAUUAUUUUUUUAAGUUGCUCGAAGGUUCAGCGAUAAGAUGGAGGACGCUGAUAUGGAAGUUAACACAGAGGGAGAGAAUUUGAACCUGAGUUUUGGUGAAGAUAUGGGAGAUGAACUAAAACUGGAUGAAAUGCCGGAAUAUGAUACUCGAAGUGAAGUUAGCUCAUCUUCCUCAGAAAGUGGUUCAAGUCAGCCAAGCAUCAGCUCAGUCACUUCAGAAUCCACCGACCACAAAAGCAAGCGGUCCAGACAUCGGAGAGGUCGUUCGAGAAGCAGGAAAAGUGUUUCACCUGAUGUGAAACGUGCUAAAUCAAGAGACAAGUCCAAGUCAUACGACUACAUGACAAAGUUGAAUUAUCUGUUCCGAGAUGCACGCUUCUUUGUGAUCAAGAGUAACAACGCAGAAAACGUAACCCUUUCAAAAGCCAAAGGCGUUUGGUCAACUUUACCUCAAAAUGAAUCCAAGCUAAAUCAAGCUUUUAGGGAGUCUAGAAACGUUCUACUGAUAUUCUCUGUGAAAGAAAGUGGUAAGUUUGCUGGAUUUGCUCGUCUCCAUGGAGAGAGUCGACGUGAUGUUUCGCCCAUUUCAUGGGUGUUGCCUCCAGGCUUGUCAGCUAAAGCUCUUGGAGGUGUUUUUCGCGUGGAUUGGGUUUGCAGGAAAGAAUUGCCUUUCACUGCAACCAUGCAUCUCUACAAUCCCUGGAAUGAUGGCAAACCAGUUAAAAUUGGUAGAGAUGGUCAGGAGAUCGAACCGAAAGUAGCAGAAGAACUUUGUCGCUUGUUUCCCAUAGAUGAAGGAAUCGAGAUGACACCUAUUCUUCGGAAGUCCAAAGAAGCUUCAAAGCUUCUGAAGGCUCGGAGUUCGAGAUACAGGCACGAGCCCUACAAUCGACACCCAAACAGUCGUUACACUGGGAGGUCAAAUUUUGGUUGGCGAGGACGGGGUGUUUCGUAUGGUAGGGGUCGACGAAAGUUUUAUCUAAGCAGUAGAAGUCGUAUCAGCAGUAGUGGAGGCAUUUAUAAGAGGUCAUCUAGAUCUCGUGACAGAUUUUCCAUGUGGUUUGGUAGUUCCCGCGAAGGAGUGCGGCCUUAUGUAGGUGGUACUGCAGCAGCAGAAGCUUAUGUUGCAGACUACAUGAGGUCCCUGCAGCACCAGUUGCCACCUAUGCCCUAUGCCCCUCCUCCCGGUCUCUAUGUGUCUUCAGCCCCAUCACCUUACGAGUCCAUGCCACCCCCGCCUCGAUAUUAUGAUGGGUUGCCCUUGCCAGAGUAUCCUAUUACUCCUCGCAGUGGCAGUCAUUCUGACAAGCGGUCAUAUGACCGUUCUGUUGACGAGUUCUUGUGGCGAACGAGCGAGAGAAGGGAGAGGGAUCGCGACCGUGAUCGCGAUCGUGAUAGAGAUCGGGACCGUGAUCAUCACCGGUAUAGAGAUCGUAGAUGAAUUCCACAUGGGUGUGCAUUUUAUUUUGUAGCUAUGGUUAAAUUUACUAAAUUUGGUUAUUUACUUUAAGAAAUUGCAGUAGCUUUAAUGAUUGGUCAAAAGUAACUUUCUUAUUUGAACUGUAAAUACCACCAUGUGUGGCAUUUCUCUACUUUCACCUCUUAAGACCAAUUAGUGUUGAUUUUUUUUGUCAGUUUAUUUUUUCCCCUGGUACCUAUAAAGCAUUCAAAAAUUAUGCAUUUUGAUGGCUGAACUUCUCUUUGUACCUUUCAGUGGACUAUUAUUCACCAAUUAAGUGUGAAUAUUUAAAAAUUACAUUCACGUUGCUUGUAUACAACUUUUUGGAUUGGAAUGGUCUUGAGUCUAGGCUACGUGUGAAGGGUGACAUAAAAUGUUAAAAAAAAUUUUUCAUGGUUUAGAAUCACAGAGCACCACCAGCAUGCUGGUUUUGUUAUAUAUACUGUAGUCUCUCGAACUGAAUAGAUGAAGUUGUAACUUUAUUUCAAUACUACUCACUAAUUUUAACUUUGUAUCAAAAUAUCUUGAAUUUUUUUUCUUUCCGCUAAAGUUAAACAAUGCAGUUUAUGAGUUCAGAUUUAGUUGAUAUAAUUUUUUUUGUUUUGUUUUUAGAAGUUGUUUCAGGAGUUAUAGAAAUGUGUACUGGUAAGCUUAAUUUUGUGUUGGAUUACAUAAUGGUCUUCUUUACUGCUCCUGAAAAUUAAUUUGGUUUUCUUCUUUUAUAUCAGUUUAGUUAAGGGAAAGUAAUUGUAAUUAUUUUUAUACUAUGUGCCAUUACCUGUAGUUGUGAUGUCAAAACCCGGGGUGGGCCUAAUGAUGUUACUGGGGUAAUGUUUUUGGCCGAUUCUGUGUAACAUAGUGAAUCUCUGCCUGAUGAUCAUUUUUGAAUUUUGAAAUUUAAGUAUCACUAAAUUCCAAAUUUUAAAAUCUGCUAAGUUGAAAUUUAUUAUUAGCAAGAUGCUUGUAUAAUUUCAGUUAUUAUGCCCAAAUUAGCAAAAUUUGCUUAUUUAAUUUUGAUCAUUUUUUUAAUAUUACGAACAUUUUAAUAACCUUUCAAAAACACAAGUCAUUUGAAAAAAUUAAUAAUAUUUAGUCAACUUGAUUUCGGAAAAUGCCAGUUUGUUUCAAAAUAUAUGUAUACCUACUCAAUAAUGUAUUUUUGUUUUCCUAUUUCAACCACUUCAUAUAUCUUUUCAUUCAAAAACUUUAAGUACUUCAUCAGUAAAAAAUUAAGUAGUGUAAAAAACUUUGUUAAUUUACUCACAGUAUAUAGAGAAAAACUUAAAAUGCUUUGGAUUUGUUUUGCUAAAUACCUGCAAAUUUUUUCCAAUGAAAAUUGUUUUCAAGUUAAACAUGCUCUUUCCGGUACCGAAAAUAAUAUUUAAACUGGUGCUCUUGAAGGUAUUACAAAGUUGAAUUUGAUUAUUGCAUUCAAGAGUUCGGAAAUUACCUGGCUUGAGAGUGUUACAGUAAGAUUCCAGACUAAACUUUAGCAAAAUGUCAUUUAUUAAUAUUAAUAUCAUUGUUGUAUUCAUUUCCGCGGAGUUAUUGGGCAGCUCUAUAUUGUAUUAGUCCAGUUGAGCAUGAAAAUAUUUUGAUUCAUAGUGCCAUUUUAUCUUUUUUUUUUUUUUUUUUCAUUAUUUUCUGAGAUGAAUCUUCAUCUUAUUUUACCACCAAUUUUACGUGAGGACGUGUUGAAUGAGAUUAACCUAAAUGGAAACACUUUGCUCUUGAAACAAAACACAUUCACUCAUAUAGCUCACUUAAUAACUUUUGCCAUGUAUGUGGAAGUGCACACAUUACAACAGCAUGUCACAUUGCAAAACUACUAACACAAGAAAAAUAUAAUGAUUAUCAAAAUGUAGCAAUUAAUUUUUAGUUAUAUGACAAUUAAUAGUAACAAUUGUUAGAAUUUUAACAAAUACUUCUUUAAUUACAUGAAAAUUAAUAGGUAGGUAGUGGUAAUUUACUUACUUGUAAUAAAUUUAUUUCAUUUAUGGGUUGUCAUAUAUGCUUGCAAAUUACUUAUGACUGUUUUUUGAGGACUAAAAUCUACUUUCUACGAUUUAAGUUACCUUUGUGCAUUGAGCCUUUCACCAGCAUUAACCUACUGUUUCCUUUAUCUGCUUCAAUUGUGAUUUCAAUUUUCGUUGUUUAUUUCUGCAUUACAUUAGUCCCACUCACAUUUCAUGAAUUUCCUGCCACAUUAGCUAUCCGUAGAUAAUGUCAUGUGCUGUUAUUUAGAGUUUUAAUCAGUUACCUGUGGUUGUAUACUUACUAAAUUGCACCCAGUUUAAUGCUUCUAAGAUGUAUUGUUUGAUCUUAAGAUUUACAGCAAUGAAAUUUUGACAUUUUCUGCCAAACAUUUUAGUUUGAUAAUUAGUUAAUACAGUUAAAAUGCAGUCUCUUUUGUACUAUUUUGAAAUUUUUUUAAGUAAUUUGUAUCCUGAAAGGUCAGGUUAUAAUAUUUAACUUUGUUUAUCUGUUUCUUCCUAGUAUUUUCUGUGGUCUUUCUCCCUCUACUUAUCACAGGUACUUAAAAACAUGGCUCAUAGCAGAUUACAUUAUGCUCGUAUCACUUUUGUUCCGUUCCAUUGGUCAUGUGUCUGUGUACAGUAUUGGUACAGUAUAUUGGCAUUCUUGAGUAAUUUUUGUAGUAGAUGAACAAAAGAUCAUGCUAUUUUUUUUCUGAACAAAGAAAGGUGUGUAAAAGUCAUGGUUAUGGGAGCAAUAUUCACAAAAUUUCAUUGCAGGUCUUCUAGAAUUUUGUAGUAUCCACUCUACGUGAAUAACUUAUGUGGUAACCACAAUUUUUUUUCUUUCAAUAUAUUAAGAAUUUUUUAAUUUAUUAGAGCAGGAUGUUAAUUUUUUCCUUUGCAAAGGUAAACCAUUUUCAACUUUUCAGAGUCAUUGGUUCCCAGACCAGUUGAUGUGUCUCCUCUGUUUAUUGGUGUGUCCAGUAGAUAUUUUUUACUGUUCAAAUUGCAUAGACCCCAUAAGUGUGCAUCCAUCAUUUAGUAAUAUAUCUGAAUGAACAUGACUUGGUUCUUUGUUUGUUCUAAUCUUUCAAACUGGGUGUUUGUUUAGUGGAUGGUCCCCUAAAACAAUUAUGUUACAGUUUUCGUAUAACAUUUUCAUAUUUUUUUGAAAAAUCCAAAAUGAAUGGAUUUUGGGCCUCAAGUUCAGGUUAUGCACGUUCAUUAGCUCGUCUUCGCUUGUGAAGUGUGUUGGUUCUGGCCGAUAGCAGGAGUUCUUCACCAGUGUCGUCUGAACUUUGCAUUUCCUGCUGAAAUGUACUGUUCGUUAACUGGGAAGUCGAGUAUUAGUGCAUUGUUCGGAAUUACUGUCAACUGCAGAGAGCAUUUACAGUUUGUGAACUGCGGAGUCAAAAUGCAUCUUUUAUUCUUUUCAAUCGUGAACACUAUUCUAUCUGGUCUUCCUAAUGGUGGUUGUAUUCAUAGGGAAUGUUGAAGUGUGGUCUUACCACUGCUUUUAGUUCUUUUGGAAUUGGGAUAAGAGAGAAAGCAAGGUAGAAUUAUGAUUUAAGGCAUUUUUGCUGUAAAUGUUAUUUAAUAUACAGUUUUUUUUUAAAUAUGACUAUAUGCAUUAAACGCAGAUAACAUUCUUAUGAGACAUUACAAAAUUUCCAGUUAUUUCAUGCAUGAAAAAACCUAUAACUUUCAACUAGCAAUUUAUUUAGUACAUAGUUUAUGAAUUAUACCUUCAGUCAGACUAAAUUUUUCAAUAUGUUGUAAAUAAUGUCUUAGGUUCCAAAACUAGCGGACUAAAGGUGGUUUCCAUUUAUGCCAUUUGCAGUAUGUGCAUUCAUAGUCAUUUCCUUGUUAUGUUUUAUAAAAUGGGGGAGGUGGAUUCUCUUUGCACAUAUUUGAAAACAGGUAUUAAAAAUUGUAUUCUCAAAUUUACAAAAAAUUUAAGGAUCAGUCUCUCACGCCAUGUUGAUUAUAUAAUUUUCUCGUCACUACUUUUAUUAAACUAUUUAUAUAUUUUACUUUUAUUAAAAUAUUUAUUUCUGAAAUUUGAACAUGAUACCUUCUUUGCUAUUGUUACCAAUAUUUUCAACAAAUAUUCACCAAGUGUGAUAUGAUAGGCACAAAAAGUUGCGCAAAUUAUAUUUAUGAACACAUGCACAGCGCGACGUGAAAAUGAAAUUACAUGGUGUGAGAGUAAAAUAGCUGAUUAUUCUAUAACUUAUAGACAGCAUGUUUCUACAUUAGUGCAUUUCAAAAUAUUUUUCAAAAAUUAGACUUUAUAACAGUGAGUUAGAAAUUAGCUGUCAUGGAAACAUUUUAAACUUAAGAUGAGAUUUUGCAAGAGAAACAAAAAUAAAACCCAGCCAACGGAAUUAUGUAUUAAACAUAAGCUGAUGGACUUUAUUUUAAUAAAUUACUUAGGUAUAAUCUCUAAUGUUCAAAGAUUAUGAAUUACAAUUGUGUGUGUGUGGAAAUGUUUUAAAUUUAACAAAACUGGGAACGUGCAUACAAGAAUCUGCACUUUUUAUGAUUUUCCUGCUAGCUGCUUCAGUAACCCUCAGAAUAUAAGCAAUGCUUGAGUUCAGCUGUGUUGUGUGUGGAGAUAGUGGCUGCCUCGUUAGUCUGACGUGUCCUAUCCUUAGCUGUGGGAAAAUAUCUCUUCAGAAUCACGUGAACAGUGUGCUUGUACACUUAACCUUGUUGUUAAAAUCACGUUAUUGCAAGAGCUGAAUUCAAGUUACUCUAAUAUGCCCAAAUAUAAGUGCAGUUUGCUUAGCAAAGAAGGAUUAUCCUGUUAUCUUCUGUAACACCACACUUACAGUCUCUCUUGUCAACAACACGCUCUCAGAUGCUAACCUGAUUCCCAAUUGUGUACAUUGUGCUGAGUAACUUUACUAGAUAUAUGAGAAAAAGUUACUUAGUUUUUAAAAUUCUUGUUAAUUAGGUAGUUAAGGGUUUUCCCCCUGGCUGCAGCACAAGCACAGACAUUUAGGAUACACAAGAUUGUAGAUAGUUUAGCAUGAGAUUUUCAGGUCUUGGAACGACUUUGUAACCUUAGACACACUUACAUUGAAAGCCUUACUAAUGGUCAGUUGCACCAUUCUGCUCUUCAGUCCUCAAUACAAUGACAUUAGCACAAUAAUGAUCUAAGGAUCAUUUCUCUAAAUGUUGCGCCAACACAUAUUUGGACUACACUAUCUUCGUUCACGUGAACUAUAGUUCAUUCAUUUCCAAUCUGUGACGAGCAACAGCAGUGUCGGAGAAAUGUUAGGUGCCUUUCUAUUGGUGGGCUGGAAUGAUGUGAAAUCGCUACAAUGGCGAGCUAAUGGUCCAUGUGAUUGCCACUAGAUAGCAGCACAUAUAGUCACUGCCUCAUCUUUUGAAUUUUAAUUGCGACUGAAAACACAUACUGAUAUUUAAAAUUUAAUUAAAAAUGAAGCAGUCAGAAAUAUUAAUAGGGUUUAGCUUCUAUUUGAUAUGAAAAGUAGUUGACAAAAUUUCAAACCUUCAAAAUAUGGAUAUUUCAUGUGAGAAGAGGUUGUAACCCUAGAAUAAGUAAAAAUUUUGAUACAUGUAUUAUAUAUGAUUGAAAAUUUGUAAAUAAUACUCUAAUAUUUACGUCUGAAUAAAUUAACCUGCAUAGUGUCCGUUAGUUUGCUGGCCAUGUCGCUCGUGCAGUGUUGAUCUGAGAUCAUUGCUAUGAACAACCUGAGAGUCUGAUAACAUCGAAGUUCCCAAUGAUCUUAACUCAGAGCUAACACAACAUUGGUGCAACAGAAAAUGUGGUCCACCGAUGAUCAAACUAGUUCAUAACUCGAGAUUACACCUUAGCUCUAAUGGUGAAACUGCUCAUCAGUCAGGCGGUGUUUGAAAAAAACAAACCAAAUUUUUAACAUAAUGUAUUAAACUUACAUUACUAUUGACACUAACACAUUGAAGUAUGUAGGCGACGUGGCUUCUCACACCGUAACAUAGGUACUGUCUUUGCUGAUAAUUCACAUAAUGUAUUGUGCUAUUUCACUUUGUUUUUCAGUGCCAUUGAUAAGAUGUAUGGCACCUCAAACAGGACAGAAUACUUUUUUGUUAUUUUAUUUAAUUCUCCUGGUGUAUUUUGAAUGUUUUUCUCAUAAUUGUAAUUCAUAAUCAGGGAUGUUUGAGUUCUGUACUUGUUCGAGCCAAAGCUUAAACCACUAUAUAUAUUGAAUAUUUUCAAUUUUAAUUUUCAUAUUAACUUAAAUCUGAUAUUAUUUUAGUGCUGCUUUGUCAUAAUAAUGUUCUUUUGUCAGCUUCUCCAUAUUAGUAUCUAAUUUGGUAUUUUGUGAUUUCAUUGGCAGACCACGCCGAGGUACCUAUCGUUUUAUAUUUAAAAUACUAAAAUAUAUAUUUCCUUUCCAUAACUAACAUGAAAUCAGAUUUUGUAACUUAGCUUUAAAAAAAAUAACUUAUGCAGUCUAUAGUUAGGUUUAGAUCCUUAAUUCCUGAACUCCUAGCCUGUGAUUUCAGAUUUGCUGAGACUCAAGGUAUACAUUUUCUAACGUCCUGUUCUUAAUGAAGUUUUAAAAAUAAUAUAAUGUUGUGGUUACGUUUCAGAGAUCAGUUGGGUGAACAACUUUAAAGUGGCUCUAGGACAGUUUAAUUUUGUUUUGCUGAAAGUAAUAAAAUUCAUGCUCUAUCGUCAUGAUGUCAAAAGUUGAUACGCAAGUAGUGGGGGCCAAAGUGCAAGGUUUUUGUUUUACAAAAAAUAGACUUAAUUUUCAUGACAAAGUCCCUUUUUCAUGGACGUGUGUUUCACAGUGCUCUCAUUCCCCCACUGGGACAGGACUUUGUGAUGCGUGAAGUGAUGCGUCGGUGUGAUGCAGUUCGUUUCUGUGGACUGUGGCAGUUGAGCGCGGGCGCAUGGACGGUCCUCUCUGGGUUUUCUACUGCGUUAGGUUCCACAGUUCCGAGCGUGUUUCCAGUUCCGUUGUGAGACUUUUACAUGUGAAAAGUUUAUCAUGAUGGUAAUUGGCUUUAAACUUUUCACGUCCCAUACAAAUUUUUUUGUUUCCGAAUUCAGGGAAGGUAUGUUUAUUAAGCUAUAUAAACAUGAGCGGUUUUGGUUUCAAUGUGUAAAUGAACGUGUGGACUAGAUAACGUGUUAAUUUUUCAGAGAGUGCGUCAAAAUGUGCGUAAAUGAAGUGUGAAGGUGUCUCCCUUAGCAAUUAAAGUAAAUUGAAAGUAGGUUGGAACAUUUUUUGUUGACUUUGGAGGGUUUAUUCAUGUGCGUGAGUGGUUUAGUGUGAUGGUAUUUUUCGUAUCUCACCGUAAUUUUUUUUCUGUUUAAAGUAUUUUGUUUCACACAUAAUAAUUUUUUAACAGUGAUAUAUUUAAAACACUCAUGUCAGUUAAGUAGAAUUGCUUUGAGGCAUAAGAAGUUUAUUGAGAAAGUGAUACAAGAGUUCAUUUUAAAUUACAUCACUAACUUCUUUGUCUUUCUUAAAUUUACAAUUAUCUGCCCAUGCCAGAAUAUUUGAAAUCAUUGUGUGUGUUUUUAUUGUUUCAAACAAUAAUUUCAUAAUUUAUGUAAAAGAUAUUCAAAUAUUUUUUUUAUAAUAAUGUAACAUGUAUUGUUGCCUGCAAGUGACAUGAAUGUUUUAAGAAAUUUAUUUUAUUUAAUUAGCCUAAACCUGUCUUGAUUUCUGGGUGUAGUGAAAUUGUCCAGUGUAACAAUUCUUGAUAAUUUGGUGCUCUAAGAACCUUUUACUGUACAAUUUUUGUUUUUAUUUCUAGUUCACAUAUAGUUAUUUUGUGUUUCACAAACACCAAUAAUUAAAUUUUUUUUUAUAGUAUGAAAUUUUUGUUCAAGUAUGCAGUGUGCAUAUUUCAAAAUGUUUUAAGGGUUAAGGAUAUUGUUCAGUUUGGUGUACAGUAUGCUUAUGAUUAAAAAAUAUUGUUUCUUCUUAUCCUCAGCAGCAUCAGAUUAUUAACCUUAAAUUAUAUUUAACUUUUUACCUUAAUACUUUGUACUAUUUUCUUUUCGGACAAAUUAUACAUUAUUGUCUGCUGCUGUAUAAAUUAUCAAUAGUGUUUGGAAAGGUUUUAAAGUAUUACAUGAAUAAAAGUAUCUUAAAGAUCCUAAGUCAGGUCACAGAGGAUGGAGAUAAUUAAUUUGUAGCUAUGCUAGCUAUCGCAAUAUAUUGAUGUUUGCACAUUGUAAGAUGUAUAUUUCUGUCACAUUCUCGUGUUUCCUGGCAACUAUAGUCCACUGUAAAAUGAGAGGUAAAUGAAAAAAUUGUACAGAUUCUAAGAAUGUUUAUUCAUAAAAAGUCAUUUCAUGAAUUGAUAAAUUUUGGCUACUGUUGUUAAACAGCAUGUUCUCAAAUAAUUUACAUACUAACACGGAUUUUUAAUUAAUUUAUUGUAAAAAGGUUUGUUCUAGCCAUUUGUAACUGAAUUUUUUUUUUAUGAUUUAAUUGUACAGUUCAUAGUACUAAAAUAUUAUUAAUUUGUUACAGUAAAUUAUAAUUACAGUAAGAAUUAUAUCAUGAUUCUUUUAAGCUGUGGAUUUAUGUAUAUUAACAGUUAUGUCAUAAUCUGAUAAGGAAACAAAAUUUUCAGCAUGCAUGAGUAAAUUUGUUUGUAUAUGUAUAUUACUCUGGAGACAAAAGUUGUGUUUGUUGAGUGCUGGAAUUGCAGUGUAUUAUUAUAUCAAAAUAUAUAGUUGACUUUAGUGUGCUGAUACAAUUUUAGUAGUGUGAUAGUACUGACUAGUUGUAAUAUGUUUUUGGAUGUAGAAUAAAAUCUUGUAUCUGUAUUUGUUUCUAUGCAUAUUCUCAAGUUUCAGUAUGAGCAUCAGUUGUCUGGUGUGGCAGAGAGAAGUCUAUUUUAUGCCAAUCACAAUCAGAUGUCUCACCAUGUCAGAUGUGACACAUACAGGCAAGUAGUGAAGAUGCAAAGUUGGAACUAUUCAAGUCAAAAUGCCUUCAGCCAUUCCAACAUAUCAAAAAAUCAUUAACCUAAAACUCAGACUCAUCAGUUAGUUAAAUAGUAUUAACAAAACUAUGGUGUCCAAUUUAUUUGUAAAAUUUGUAGUUAUGUUCAACAUCAGGAUCUUGAUAAAAAUAUUUUUUCUUUGUCAGUGAUGUAUACAUAAGUAUGUACUACUUUAAAUGUUCAAAGACAGUUUUCAAAAUAAAAUUGUCCUGCUUUUUUUUAGCUUCCACGGGAUAAUGCCUGGUUAUUUUGGCAUUUUUUAAUGUGAGUGAUUAUUACUAUAUGCUUUUAUCUGAAUUAAUCACAUUUUUUUAUUAAUAAAAUCAACAUGUUUAUCAAAUUAUACAAACAGGUUAGUUGUUGUUUCCCUAUUUAAAAUACUUUUUGAAAGCUUCAAGUUAAAAGAGGGCUUGAUUUCUGUUAACUUAAUCCUGUAAACGACAAUAUUUUUGUAGGUAUGUGUAAAAUAUUAAAACUUUUUUUAGUUCAAAAUAACAAAAUACCCGAGGUGUUUACUUAAAAGUUGUAAAAAUGAGGAAAAAAAAUAAUUUUGGUUCUGUGGCAUUAAAUGAUAUGAAAAAUUUUCAAAAAUUUGAUCUUCAGAUCAUUGAAAAUAUUAAAGCCUUAAUGUAAAUUAACUUUUAUUGUUUUUAUAAUUAAUUUUAAUGUGAGUGGAGAGGGGUCAUUUGCUCUUUUUUACUAUUAUCAUUUACUAUUUUUGAAAUAUGAGAAUUUGUAAUGGGGUGUUGUUUGUUGCAAGCAGGUUGAACUCUGCUUGUCUUCUGCAGACUUUGUUCUUGGAAUGUCAGGGUGGUUUCCGGGUGAUUCAACACAAAUUUUUUUUGUGGCCAACGGUCAGAUUGGCCUUCAGGCUGAAUAAACACAUGUGCAUACAAGUGAACUCAACCAGUUAGUUUUGAAACAGGGUUCGAAAAUAUCCUAUAUUUAUUAUAAAUAUCAAAAUAUCUUAUUUUUAUUAUAUAUCUAUCAAGUUUGAUAUAUAUCAAUUUUGUAUGAAAGCCAUAUUAUUAUUUUAUUGUAUUAUUUAUGAAUAGGCUACUAUUUGCAUAUGUUUUAGGUACUUAAAGUCAGACAAAUGAAACCAAAACAUAAAAUCUUCUUUUAGAUAAGGCAAAAUCAACUAAAAAAACAUAAAAUCUUCUUUUAGAUCAGGCAAAAUCAACUAAAAAAACAUAAAAUUAUAUAUAUCAAAAAAUAACUCGAAAACAUAAAACCUUUUUUUAUAAAUUCUAAUCAUUCAAUGGUCAUACCUACACUUAAAUAACAAAACAAUAAACAUUACAAAUAAUAACUCUAGAAUAUAAUCAAAUACGUCUUUUAGUUAUCAAAUCAGUCAUCAGUCAUUCGUAAUAAACUGUUAAUUAUCAAAUAAUUAAUAAAAUAAUCAAAAAAUGCCGUAUUCAUAAUUGUGCUUAGUUUGACUGCAAGGAAGAUAAAGGUAGGUCAUCUUGCGAUUCUGAAUCUGGACUGGAUAGGACUUCAACAUUUUGAAUCAUAUCAUCCGCUACAUCAGCAGGUUGAGUAAUAUCAUUAUCAUGAGUAGGAUCCAAUAUCCAAUCUAAGUUCCUUUUCUUUGCUGAAGAAUUGUUGAGGCAUUUAAGCAAGUACACCAAUUUAUUAGCUUUGUCAAUUCACAAACGGUUUCUCAGCUUCGACUGCACCAGACCAAAACUUGAAAGGAUUUUUUCAAGACCUGCUGUUGAAGCAAAAGCAGUCAAGAGCUGUUCACAUAUAUUUAGGAACCUUUUUUUGUGUUCCCAUUGCUCCCAUUGAACAUCUGUGGUGUUCAAGUUUAGAAGUUUCCACCAAUCCAGCGGUUGGGUUGUUUGAAACUGAGGCCCAAAAAGAUAUUGCGGAAAAUUUGAUUGGGUCAUUAUCGAUGUAACCAUUGACAUAAAGCUUAUUUCCAAUUCAGCAAAUAAUGUGUUCCGUUGUUCAGGGGUCAAGUUUUUGCCUGCAAAUCGUUGAUCAAGAAUAUAUGGGGCACCUAACGCCAUAUCGCACCUUUUGUUGAAAGCAGAUUUAACUUGAGCUGGUUGACUUAAUAAAUCUUUCUCUAAAUUGUUCCAAAUUUUGACAGCUUCUGAAAUCGUUGUGCCAUCUAGUUGGGAGCAAUCUAAAGCUUUUGUGAUUGGAUCCAGUCUUGCCAGCAAAUCCAAUAAAUUUUUUGCAAUUUGAAUAUCGUUGAAAAUUUGGUAAAUGUAACUAUCAAUUGCAUCUCAAUUAUUUUGGCAAAUCUGCACUAGAAUUCCGCCAUUUUUGACGAAUGAUCGUACUGUAUCCCGAAUCGAGUUCUAGCGUACGACAAUAGGCAUGACCAAUUUUUUGCCUUUUCCUUCUUUAUACCACGCUGCUGGCAAAUGCUUAUUUCUUAAAUAUUUCAUGACUUUUAUGACGUGUUUAGUGACUCCUUUCACUUCUACAUCUUAAGCAAGUAGAUUUAAGAAAUGUGCACUACAUCCAUAUUGGAUAAUGUCAAUGUCUUCUUGCAUUUCCAACCAGGGGCGGAUCCAGUGAUCAGUUUUGGGGGGGGAACGGUAUUGACAACAUGGUUCUUAUGGAAUCCUGGGCAUAAAAUAAUUGUUAUAGAAUAUAACAUAGGCAUAUAAUAAUACCAACCAGAAGAAAAAAAUCAAAAAUUAAUUUUAAAAAAUUAAAUAUCAAAAUUAGUAAGCAAAAUUUUUUAUUACUGGAACAAUUUAUCUCAAGUAGAAUGUAAUACUUGGGGCAUUUACAAAGUCAUGGGGAAAUGAAGUGGGAGGAAUUGCAAAUUAUUCAUGAAAAAAAUUGGUUAUCUAACUGGAUUACUUCAAAACUGGCUACUUACAAAAUCUAGCUAAUUUGAAAGUACUGCAAUUUUAAAUUCUUAGAGACCUUCCUCGUUUCCAAUAAAAAAAUUAUAUAAAAAAAAUUAAACCAUGUUUUUUGACUGUAAAAUAUGUUUGGUAAUUUCCGUAAAUCUUUAAAAAUAGAUUGAGCUGGUUUUGAAUAAAAACACUUUAAUUAAUGUAAUAUACACUGUUUAUUGAGUAUUAUUUUAUAUUAAUGUAAUAAUAUUCGUUGUAUAAAUAUGACAUGACAUAGAACAUGUAAUAUAUGCUGAAUAAAAGCAUAUGAAAUAAAUUAUUUUGCAUCAUAUUGCAAUUUAAGAAUCAUCAUUAAGUAAAAAUAUAUAAUUAGAGAAAGAUACGGCGUUUGCCAGAUUUUGAGAAACGCUCAAUCACGUGAAAAGGGUCCACUGGUAUGUCAUAAUGAUUAUGGAGAAGAGCGAGACCCUCAAGUCGUCUCUCAAUCAUUGUAGUUCGGAGCCACGUUUUGGUGCGACGUAACGUUGAGAAAGUUCUCACUGCGCUGGCAUUGCUGACUGGAAAUGUGCAAAGAACAUGAAGCAGUGUAUAAAUAAUGUUGUAUAUGUCCUUGUCACAAGCAGCUAGUGCAUCAAUAGCUGUUUUGGGAAGUUCGGCACACCUAGCUUUUUCAGUUUUCCAUGUCUGCUGCCAGUGAAAAAUUUCACAUUUUAACUUUAUUAGCUGAAUUUCUUUGGUGCCCUCUAGUAAUUGAGAAAACUUGUUUACCAGGAACCGAAUUGAAUCGUUUAUUUCAGCUAAGGUUGUGUUCACUAUCAACUGUGGAAGUAGAACUGGGAGUCUAAAUAUAUCAAGGACUUUAGAAGAAAAUCUUGUCUUGAUAUCUUGUAAUAUGCCAUCUAGAAGUGGUAUGAAUACUGAAAUUCGGUAAUAAUCCUUUACAGAUUGCGACUCUACUGGUACCGGGUAGUUACUGCGAUGAACCUGUCGCCCAACAGUCCUGGGUUUCCGAAGCUCAACAUUAAGUUUCUCUGCCAUUUUCUCUGUCUCUGCAUAAAUUUCUUUGAAGUAACUGUCACAAUCCGCACGACGAGUCUCUAAGACCGAAAUAACAUUUGUAAUGCUCUUAGAAGCAUGUACAAGGUCAAGUGUUUCUUUUUGAAGAAGUUUGCUCAAAGGAAGUGUAAGGGCCAGAACAUUACUGAGGCAGAAGACAACAACCAAAAAUUUACUUUCACAUAGAGCAGCUAUAAGUGAUGCUACUUUUCCAGCUACAGUUUUGUCUUUCCAGCUAGAAAUCUUCUCGAGAGAUUCUAUUAUUUCUGGCACAUCAAAAACAAACUGAAGUACACUGUCAUGUCGUUCGACCCAACUUGUAUCUGAUAAAUGAGCUAGUUUUUUCCCCAAGAAAUUGAAGAAGAGUUUUACUGCAUUUUGGAAAAGAAAAGAAAGAAAUAGUUUCUUUCAUGAUACCCACUGCAUUUUGGACCACAUGUAUCUUUGAAGACUGAGAUAGAGAAUUGUUAAGUUUGUGAUUGUAACAUGUCAUUUCCACAGCAUUGGUUGUCAAACUCUGCACUUCCUUUACUGCACCUCUAUCUUCUGAUAACAUGACAGAGCAGCCAUCAGUACCAAUUGCUACACACUGGAGGGGAAGAAGCUGCAAUGAUUUUAUUUUCCUGAUAAUAAUUUGACCUAGUGACUUUCCUGUAAGAGACAGUUCUUCAGUGGCCGUUCUGACUGGUUUGUUUGUUGAAUUAUCUUCGAUACCAUUCUCAAGUAUUGAAAAUUUGUUGUUUGUUUGGAGAGCUGUGGUUUCAGACAUAUCACCAAAUGCAUCUAUAAAUGAAACAAAAUCUUCCCUUACAACCGUGUUCUGACCAAGAUGUACAUAGUGAAGGACAAGACUCACUUGGGAUUUAUUUGACAUGUCACUGGUUUCGUCAAAUAUAAUAGCAUAAAACCCAGAUAAUCUUACUCUCUUGAGAAUUUUAUCUAAAAUGUCUAGUCCACAGCAGUCAAUAAGCUCGUUUUGCACAGUUUUGCUGAUAUAUGUAGCAUUAAAAUGAGCAGUUUUAAUGUGAUUUUCAAGUAGUUUAUCUCCAGCAUCCACUCGAAAAGCAUUGCCCAAAAAUUUCCUUCAUUAUGAGAUGGAGCAUCGGUAGUAAGUGGACCAUCAUCCCGAUGACCACGGAAAGGAAUAUUUUGCCUUCCAAGUAGUAUAACUGUUUUCACAAUCGGUAGUAGUUUUUUUCCGAUUUUCCUCAGCCUCUUCCAAAUGUUGUUAUUUGACAAGACUUACUACCUCGGAGCAAGGAUUAUGAUAUGUCUUAAGGAAGUUCUUCCCCAUGGCAACUGCAGUCAUAUGGUAUUGAUGGCUUGCAUGUUGUUCCAAGUAACCUUUAGCUCCAAUCAAAUUUUUAAAAUUUGUAAGAGGUUCUGUAACUAGAGAUUUGAGGGGAACAUUUCUGCAGUACCCACCUUCAUUCCUAGUUGUAAACCAUGGACAAUAUUUACAAAACAGACCUUUUUUAACAUCUGAUAGAACCAGCCAUUCUUUGUAGGUUUGCAGAUGACUCCGCCUCACAAAAUUCCGCACAGGCUUUCCAGAGACAACUUAGGUGGAAUGUGGAAACACAUAAGAUUCUGGUGGUUGCCACGGAUUUUUUAGCAGAACGGACUUAGUGUAGUCAUCAAUAUUUCCUCCAAUAAAGUGGCCAAUGUCACUGGAAACACUUCCAACAGAAGACGAAGAGCUAAGUAAUGCUGAAUGUAAUAUGCCAUUGUUAACCUCAUCUGGAUAAGGCUUUUGGAUAUGAUAUUGGUCAGAAGAGCUUGAAGAUGACGUAACUUUCUCAUCAUUAUUGAUAAUCGAUGUAAAAUCAUUUUCCAAAACAAUAUCAUUGUGUGUUUUACCACAAUUCAAAUCAGUGGGCUGCUCAACUGAUUCUGAGGCAUCCUCAGAAUUCACUUCCACACGUGACUUCUUCUGAGGUGGCCCAAAGAAAGAAGAUAGCAAGAUUUGUUUUCCUCCUUGUUGAACAGCCUGUUAAUGGAAAAAAAAAAUCAUAAACUAGUACAAAAGAAUGUUGCAAAUCAACAUUUUGAGUUUCUGUUAAACAGUGAAACCAACACAAGAAAGUGUUUGGCAAUUUGUUGCACUUUUGCCAUGCCUAUUUUGAGCUAGCCCCUUCACGACAAAUUAGCUUGGACACGAGUGUAAUGUGUAAUUUUAAACAGGUGUUAAGUUUUUGCGAUAUAUUAUUUUACCAACACCUAGUGGAUAUUACUUCAGCAGCUGACAAUAAUAUCUUUAGUUUGGUGGAACACUCGAGUAUACAACAUACCCGCAAAUUUAUGUAGGCGGUAGGCCCCUAAUUUAAUGAACUUGCGCGAGACACAGCAUUAAACAUGUUUGGGUUAACUGUAUAAAUCCGCACAUAUCAUAUACAUAAUUUUGUGACAGUAUUAGACUGUGGUAAUUUGUGAAGAGUAAGAAAACAGUUAUAAAAUGUCGCUUACUGCGAGCAAUUUAAAUGUGUCUUUGAUGUUAGAAUAUGAAACGAUGGAGUGUUUUGAUAUUUGUAAUGCUUUGGAUGUAGUUGUUUUAAGGUCUUAUAUAAACUAUUAUAUUUCUAAUGCUUUUUAAUAUUUAUAAAAUACAUGGUCACCUUUGACUUUGUAUCACAGUUUAGUUUAAUUCUGCUGACUGCCCUUUUUUUAUUAAUUAUUACUUUAUAAAUGCACUUUUAAUAGUUUUUUUUUGCAUUUGACUAAGAAAUUAUUUGCAUGCGGAUUUCUUAGCUAGGUUACAAUUUAAUAUUCACCAGAUGAGACUUUUUAAACAGUUUGUAACUGUGGUUGGUGUAUUAAACAUACUGGUAAAAAUAUUAUUAACUUCAGAUGUUAUUUUUUUUGUUUUAAUUAAUUCAAAUCUUUUCAUAACAGUUAGGUUUGCUUCUGCUUAUUGUUUUUGAUUUUUUAUAAUUUUCGAAAGUUAGAGUAUUUGAAUAAAUAAUUUUUCAUAAAUUUUAGAAAGUUUACUGUUUGGGACUGUGGGGCCAGAGAGCCAGAGUUGUUCGCUGAUGAAGUCAUGAAGUGAGACACUGGUCAUGGUGUAACAAACUAUACUUAGUGAUGAGAUGCUUGUGCCUGUUAUCUCGCAAAAACUUGUGUUGACUUCACUGAAAGGCAUUCGUGUAGCUACAGUAGGCUAUUCUAAGAGACACUCACCAUGCUCGAGUAAUCCUUGCCACCAUACACCUCACAAAAACAUGAUUUACUGAACACUCACUAUUACAUUUUAUAUCACUGUCUUUCUGCUAGUUUUCUAUUAAAGCGCGCGAUACAUUCUCAGACACUACAGUUAUCAAACAGAGUUGCCACAUCCGAAUUGAGAAAUCCUUCCAAAAAAAAGGCACAAAUUUCCCAUUCAAGAUACAUGCUAUCAUUAUACAGUUGUUACCAAGCAAUGUUCCCAAUUUAGUUGUAAUAAAUUCCUCGACAAAAUCAUAAAAUAGUAAUAUUUGAUACAAAAAAUAUUUUCAGAUCCUUCAACAAAUGAAUGUACGGUGAUAAAAAAAAACAGCCUUCCAUUUUUUUUUUGCCACUGGCUUUUGGGGGGGGGGGAAAUUUCCCCCAUUUCCCCCCCUUUGAAUCCGCCCCUGUUUCCAACUCACGUCGCAUCUUAGUUACAUUUCCAGUAUUGUCCGUAACAAAACUGAGUACCUUAACUCGGAAAUCUUUUUCAGUCUUUUUGAUUGAUUGCUUAGCAACAGUUGUCAAAUAUUCGGCAGAAUGUGAAUUGCCAGACGUAUCGACAGUAUGGACGAGAACGGAAUUUCCUUCACCUGUUGUAAUGCUACAACAAACAAUCGGUUCGAUGUGUAUAUUCGACCAGCCAUCUAAGGACAUGGAAAUGGUUUUGCCAUGUAAACAUUCUUGAUCUUUCUCUACAAUAGACACGAGUGUUUUAUUUAGUAGUGGUUAAUGUUGCAAUUACGGUACUUUAUGGAGGUAUAUUAUUCUUUCGUAGCAAAUUAAUUGAUGAGAAUUAUAAAAUUAGGUCAUAUUUUUUUACUAUUAAGUGCUCAAGUCAUACCUUGCAAAGAAAAAAUUUUUUCGUGUGGGUAAAACAAGUUUCUGGUUUUCAAAAAGUAAACUUAUCAAAUUGUUAAGCAAUAGCUAAGUUAGCUCAAAAAUAACAAUGUAAAUGUUAACAUGAUUUUUUUAAAAUGUUAUGUAUAAAUUAAAUAGAAAUUCACCUGCUCAUCUGGUGUUAAAUCAACACCUGCUGCUAGUGGAUCCAGGAGAUUGGUUGCCCUAUGAAUUUCACAAACACCAAAAUCUUUUCUUUUUGCAAGUAUUUUUUUGACUUCAUCUUCUGCUUUGGAUAGUGGGCUCUGUGGAAGAGUUUCUUCAAAAUGCAGCUCCAAUUUCCUAAAAACACAACUUGUGAAAUUUUAGGUUUGUCACACUCAACACUGGUUUUGGCAGUUGCAGUGAGUUUUAGUAAUUGGAGAAACCCUUUCACUUUAUCCCAGAAUGUUUCAUCCAGAGCAACCUUCUUUAGAAUUGGAUGUUUCUUCAAAAUUUCUUGAGCCUCCUCCUCUACAGCAAGUAAUUUUAUUGCUUGUUUAUUCUGUUCUAAACUGUCCAAACAAUGCACUGUGGAUCCCCAUCUUGUUUGCAUGGGAAGUUUUAAAGUUACAGGUUUAUGAUUAUGACGCUGCUGACCUUGCUUUUCUUUGAAGAUUUCUGUAAGUCUAUGAGAGUGUUUUAUUGCUUUUACAGCAAAAACAGCUUCAGCUAAAAAUGUCUGUAGUGUUUUGAGAUUUUUCAGGUCAGUGAACAGUAAAUUUAGUGUGUGUGCAACACAUUCAUAUGUGUAAAGAUUAGUGGAAACAUUUUCAUUUUUUAAAAUGUCCCAUGCUGCUGUCAUAUUCGCAGCAUUAUCUGUCGCGAUUCCAAACACUUUUUGCGCUCCAAUUUCUUGAAUUACAUAACCUAUUUCUUGCGCAAUGUACUGUGCUGAGUGCGAGUCUUUUCCAGUUGGCAAAAUCUUGUACAAAAUGGGAGAAGGUGUAGUAACCACAAAGUUUACUACAGGUUCAUUUCGGAUGUUGGUCCACCCAUCACACAUUAAUGAAACUGUCUCUGCAGCAGCAAUUUUUUGACUCACUUGUGAAACUAUUUUUUCAUAUUCUGCGUUCAGUAAUGGUACAGAUACCUCAUGCCUUGUCAGAACUUUAUAGGCUGGUCUUAAAAAUGAUAAGAAUUCUAUCCAAAAUGGAUUUUCUAUUAUUCUAAGUGACGAAUUACUUGCAUAAAUAGCCCUUGCCAGUAAUUCAUUUGCUUUUUCCUGAUCUGGUACACUAAUUCUGUCAAUGAAAGUUUUUAGUUGUGUUUGUCUUUCGGUUGAUGUGUUUACAUUGUACAAACAUACUGGACUUUGUAACGAAGAUGCAAGACUUUGUUGUGAAAGGCAGUAGGAUUCUUGAUGGUCUGUAACUUCUGAAUACAAUGUAAUUAAUGUACUUGUCUCUCACAGAGUUGGGACAUUUUUUGCAAAUAUUAAUAUGUUUGGUCAUACGGGAACCAGAUUUUGAAAGUUCGUAAGAACAAAAUGUGCAUUUAACACGAUCUAAUUUACCACAUUUUGAUGGAAUACUGGUAAAUAAUUCACUCACAGCUGCUUUUUUUCCUGCCAGAACCAGGCCUAAAUGGCAUUUUGUCAAAUUUACCUCUGAAAACUGUUUUCGUAAAAUAUAACAAAACAGCACUGCCAAGUUUCACACGUAAACAAUAUUGGCCUCGGACGUUAUCUCAUAAGCCAGUGGGCCGCCAUCUGCAAUCGCAAGUCGUUAAAAGCAACAGUUGUUUGCAGAGCAUAAAACAAUUUUAAUAUAUUACUUAGCUGUGUGACUCAUACAAUGUUGAUAUUAAAAUAUACUGCCAAAAAACCAAAUUGGACAAAUAUUUAAUCAAUGCAAGCAUAACGGAAUAUUUUUUUCCUGUGUUGGCAAGUUACUGCAUUACGUUUUAGACAUCAAACUGAUGAGUCUUUUGUGUAACCAAGUAAGGUUAUGUUAAGCACAGUAAGUAUGCAUAUUAUAUUUCUUUCUGUUAAAUAUGAAAAUAAAUAUAUGGGUGACUCAUAAAUUACUGUAACUUUAUUUUUGUUACUAAUGAGCCUGUGAAUUGCAAAUUAUCAGCUCAUGACUGUAGCCAAGAAGUGAGGUUAAGUGCUGUUAAACCUGUAAGAUGGGUAGUUGGCAGUUUAAAUAAAUAUAUAUAUAUAAUUAAAUUAUAAUAAACUAUGGUAUGUUCAACAAACAUUUGUUUUUACGGUUAUUUCUUACUUUAACUGUAGCUCAUACUUUACAGUUAAUCUUUAUUGUGUCUGAAAAAAAAACCUUUUUGGUUUUUUUUGUGAAAUAAAACAGAUUUUUUUUUUUUAAGAAAAAAACAUUCUUUGAAAAAAAACUGUUUUGUUUACAACACUAGUAGUGGUCCAGCUAACUGGAAUGCAGAUGGUGGCUUGUAUUCUGGUCUUAGAGCUGUGAUCAUUACUUUAAAUAGUGAGUGUUCUGCAUGACUAAAUGGUGUAUUUGUUGCAUAAAAAAUGCUGUAAUUUUAGUGUCAAGUCCUUUUGAUAAAGCUGUAGAAGUACAUAUGUUAUCCUCAAUUGAAGUUUUUUUUUUUUAUUAUUCAACUUCAACAAUACAACUUGUAUCAGCAGGACGUGUUCUGGAUGUACUUUCUAGAAUAGGGUGUGUGGUGGAGUUAGAGCUGCCUGCUCGUAUACAGAUAUCUCAAUGUUUCACCAUACGCUCCGAAAUGCCCUGCAAUUCUUUGGCGCAAUGUUUACAUUUCGCCCACUUGCCCGUGUUAUUGGGCUUUUCUAUUAGCUGAAAGUCAGCCCAGACUGGAUGAAGAGGCUUCGGCAUGGUUGGUGUUAUUCCUAAAAAGGACAAACAAACAUAUAUUUUUUUAAAAUUUCCAUGGUUUUAACUAACCAUGGAAAUUUAAAAAAAAUAUAUUAACUAAAGAACAUUCCACAAAUAAUGACAAAAGUUGUAUAGUUAUAAUAUUUUAUAUUAAACUAGCGGUCCGCCCCGGCUUCGCCCGUGGUAUAUAUAUAGCCUAUAGCACUUGGGGAUCACGUACAUAUCCAAAGGUGAAAGAAUUUUUGAAAUCGGUCCAGUAGUUCCUGAGAUUAGCGCAUUCAAACAAACAAACUCUUCAGCUUUAUAAUAUUAGUAUGGAUUACCUGGAGAAAAAUAAUGUUUGAUGAAACAUGACCUUUGAUUUGAGUUUCACAAAUCUACUCUACUUUUUAAGACCAAAUUCGUAUACAAUUUUUAGCAUAGCGACACCUAAUCUCUAAUAUGAAACAAAUAAGUACCUAUAUAUAACCAGCAAAUUCAACUUUCAUUUAUCAGUCAGAAAUUUUUACAUAAAAUCUAUCAGUCUCGAAUCUUAAUAUAAAAGGGCUAGCUUUUUCAACACAAAGCCUGGCUCUUUGAUAACAUUUUCUGUUUAAAGGCAUAACUUAAAAAUUCAUCAUUUAAUAAACAGUUAUAUUCUAUAAAUACAAAAGUUAUUUAAUGCUUCUUAAAUACUCAAUAAUGAUGUAAAAUCGUUUCUGCACUUUGUCAAUUUCUUUGUAAAAAAUAAUAGAAUAAUCAAUAAACACAAAAAAUAACUUACUCUUUCGUAACAAAAUUUUUCUGACACGACUGAUGGACUGACGCCGUUAAUGCUGGCAGAAGUGUUGCCAUUUGUGGAUUAUAACUUACCAUUAGGGAGUAUGUUUUAACUCUACUCCCACGCCAUGUACAUUUGGCAAGUAGAAAUACAGUAAUAAAUGCUAAAAAUUACUAAAUAAUAUUAUUUUUUUAAACCAUUUUUUAAUUGCAAUAUAUUAUAAAAAAACAUUUGAUAUAUAUCGGAUAUAUCAUCGAACCCAGUUAGAUAUAUAUAUAGGAUAUAAAUCGGAUAUGUUUAUUGAUAUAUAUCCAUUGAUAUAUAUCCUCGAACCCUGUUUUGAAAUGUAUGUUAAGUAGGUAUUCAUAAUCUUGAGACAUUUUGUGAGUACCAAGGGGAAAAAAAUAUUUUAUGUUUAACAAGAUUCCAAAAAUCAGAAAAUUCAAAAUUUAACAUGUAAUUUAUUGAAAUUACUGUUUAUAUUUUCUCCCUUGUAAAAUGAUUUUGAGUUUAUACCUAGAUUGUUUGAUUUGUAUACUUUAGGAUGCCUGAACUGGUUAGUAAAAAUAUAUUUUGCCUCAUGUCAGCAAAGAUACUUUCAUUAAUCUUGAAAUUUAAUAUUGCGCUAUGGGAAGUAAGUAUUAUUUUUGAAUGAAAAUAUGGAUAUUUUUUUUAAGCACAAUAUCAGUUGCUCAUAUUACA